AUGGCACCUGAAGGAGGAGAUAAAAAAGCUAAUAAAAAGAGGACCCCUUUCCCAGUUUGUGAAAAGGGACACCGAAGCCAAGUAGAAAGAAAGAGGGAACGGAAAGAAGAAGGUCCCCGAAGACCCAGGCCGGAGCCGGCAGGCGUGGUCAAUAUCGACGGUCAUGGCUUGUCGCUGCCCCAUGAGGACGCCCUAGUGGUAAAAGGACGGCUUAAUAACUUCGAAGUAUCCAGGAUGCUGGUGGACACCGGAAGCUCAGUCAACAUGAUCAUAAUGGAGGUGUUUAAUAGUGUCGGGCUAAAAAAGGAGAAUUUGACAAGGGUAUCAACCCCAUUGGAGGGACUCGGCUGCAAAUCCAGAGUGGAAGGAUCGUUGGAAAUAGAUGUCCAAUUGGGGGACGGCGAUGUCUAUAAAGAAGCGAAGCGGAAGUCAGAGGAUGCCAAAAAUCAGCUAGAGAAGCAUACUCACAGCUCUCAGAAAAGUUCAUAUAACACUACCGGUGUUGACAGUGGAACCUCCGGGGAAGAUAGAAAGGGCAGAACAUUAUGGGCGUACCUCGAAGAUAGAGUUGUCUCCAGGAAAAGAAAUAGUGGUGGAAGACGAGCUAGAGAUAGGAAUCAAACAAUCUCUGACAAAAAAUCUCAAAACCCUCAAAGAUUCAUUUGCCUGGACUACAGACGAACUGGUAAGAGUAAAUCCAGAAGUCAUAUGCCAUCGAUUAAAUUCGCCACAGAUUCGAAACCCGUGGUGCAAAAGAAGAGAAGACACUCACCGGAAAAACAGCUAGCCGUUGCAGAAGACAUCACUAAGCUAAAAAAAGCAAAUGUGAUCAAAGAUGCAUACUAUCCUCGAUGGGUGGCAAACGUAGUAAUGGUGAAGAAGUCCAAUGGAACUUACCGAAUGUGCGUAGACUUCACAGAUCUAAACCGCUGCCAAGUAUCGAUCAACUAG